AUGAAGCGGCGUACUCUCCACUCGCAAAGUUUCAGUGAAGACUGGGAUAGGUGCUCAACUCUCUGUCCGAGAAUGCAAGGACUCAGCUCGCGAGCCCACGCUUUCUCGGUAGAGGCGUUAGUUGGAAAGAGUUGCAAGAGGAUGAAGGUGGAAAACGGGAAAGCAGAGAGGCCCGCAGGGAACUCUGUAACCGAGGAGGACUCAGACACACCAACAAGCACCGAUGAAAAGCAAAAGAAGAACCGCCAGAUUUCAGAGAGGCGCUCAGAGAAUGAGAGCGAGCCUGAAAAAGAGAUCCGAGUGGAACUUCAAGGGUCGGACCUGUGGAACAGAUUCCACGAGAUAGGUACAGAGAUGAUCAUCACCAAGGCUGGAAGGAGAAUGUUUCCAUCCAUCCGUGUGAAGGUUCGGAACCUGGACCCGUUUAAACAGUACUACAUCGCCAUGGACAUAAUGCCGGUGGAUUCCAAAAGAUACAGGUACGUAUACCAUAGUUCGCAGUGGAUGGUGGCAGGAAACACGGACCACUCGUGUAUCGCUCCUCGGCUGUACGUGCACCCAGACUCGCCGUGCUCCGGAGACACCUGGGCGCGUCAGAUCAUCAGCUUUGAUCGUGUCAAACUCACCAACAACGAGAUGGAUGACAAAGGCCACAUAAUCUUGCAGUCCAUGCACAAGUACAAGCCACGGGUGCAUGUCAUCCAGCACGAUUCCCGAGUGGAUUUAUCCCAGAUCCAGUCGCUCCCAGCGGAGGGCGUGUACACUUUCUCCUUCCCUGAGACACAGUUCACAACUGUCACUGCCUACCAGAACCAGCAGAUAACGAAACUGAAGAUUGACAGAAAUCCUUUUGCCAAAGGCUUCAGAGAUCCGGGCAGAAACAGAGGAGUGCUGGAUGGGAUCCUGGAGUCGUAUCCAUGGCGAAACCCAUUCAGUCUGGAUUUCAAACCCUUUACACUGGAGCUCCAAGGAGGGAGCUCCAUGUCUUCGGCAAACUGCGGCGCCGUCUCUCCUCUGAAGGGUCUCCUGCCGCACGCGUGUUCCGCCUCCUCCAAUCCUUUCAGCCUGUCCAGCCCUGACGCAGGCCUGCACAACCUCAGCGUCCCACUCUGCUAUAAGGUGUCUCCGUCUGUGGGCCCGGUCACUAACAGAGCUUACAGCAGCACUGGUCCAGACAGACUCAGAGGAUUCGCAGGCCUGCGGCCGCUGACGGACCUCUCCCUCUUUUCUGUGCUGCAUGGGAAAAAAGGAGGCCAGUGUUUCCAGAGCUCUCCCUGUCUGCUCCCUCUGCAAGGCCUUCAGAGCACCAGAGCCUCAAGCGUCUCCCAUCUUCAACAUGACACUGUAAACGCUGCCCUGACUUCACCUUACAAUCUUUACAACUACACCUUACCCAUGAGCCCCCACUUCGCCAGCGUCUCACGUCACUCAAAACUGGGCGACGGCAUGACCCUUUCACCUCCUGAGAGCCUCCUUCGCCAGAUGCCCUGGACCUCAUCGGUCGACCACUGCCUCUGA